ACCAAGCACCCUCUCUCGCACCACCACCACACCCACCCACCACCACAAUGCAGAAGAUCGUCCUCGCCCUCGCCGCCGCGUCCGCCUCGGCGUUCGUCGGCCCCGCCGCGACGCGCCUCGCGACGAAGAUCAACACGGCGACCAUCGAGCCGGAGACGCCCGAGGAGGAGGUCGUCGCCGAGGUCGCGGCGCCCCCGGCGCCGCGCGCCUGGGCCAUCGAGCAGGACAUGCGCGCGGGCAUCACGGGCCCCUUUGGCUUCUUCGACCCGCUCUCGCUGUCCGCGGGCAAGUCCGAGCAGCGCCUCAAGUACUUCCGCGAGGCCGAGCUCAAGCACGCGCGCGUCGCCAUGCUCGCGGCCGCGGGCUUCCUCGUCGCGGAGAACUUCCACCCGCUCUUCGGCGGCGCCAUCGACGUGCCGUCGUACGUCGCGUACCAGCAGACGCCGCUCCAGACCUUCUGGCCCGUCGUCGUCCUCUACGUGGGCAUCGUCGAGAUCUUCUCCGUCUUCACCUUCGAGUCGCCCUUCGAGGGCAACCUCUGGACGCUCAAGAGCGACCGCGUCCCCGGCGACUUCGAGUUCGACCCCGCGGGCCUCUACCCGGAGGACGCCGCGGAGCAGCUCGACAUGCAGAACAAGGAGCUCAACAACGGCCGCCUCGCCAUGAUCGCCAUGGCCGGCAUGGUCGCCCAGGAGCUCGCCUCCGGCGCCAAGCUCUUCUAGAAACUCCCCCUCCUGUAUAAUUGAUAUCGUUCCGUUCC